UCUUGGGCUAAUUGUGCGGAUCUAAAAAUAUGGAUGCUUAUUACUGAGUGAAGAGGAGGAGAAUUGAUUUGCCUUUCAAAGACUUUUGUGCAGGCUUUUGAUGUGGAGAAUGGAGAGUGGAAGUGGCGCGCUGGUGGGGUUCGUGCUGCUGCUGUAUACGGUUAUGUUGAGGACAGUGCACUCAGCCUCUCACAGUAUCUACCCCAGGAUACGCUUGUCACAUAAAGAGCUGUGGCAGAUGAACCGGACAUGGGUGUACCAGGGACAUGGAGCCUCUUUCCAGCCCAGGACCAUGCUUCUCGAUGACAGCCACGAGCGCCUCUACAUCGGGGCCAAGAAUUCUCUCUUCUCACUGAGCCUGGAUCGCAUCAACGCCCAUCCCCGAGAGGUCCAGUGGGCGAGCACAGAAGCUCAGAUUGAAAACUGUCUGAUGAAGGGGAGAGAGAAGACGGAGUGUGCGAACUACAUCAAGGUGCUCCAGCAGUACAACCAGACCCACCUGCUCGUGUGUGGCACCGGUGCCUUCAACCCACUCUGUGCAUUCGUCAAAGUGGGCCACACUGGACAGGACCGUAUGUUUGUGCUGGAAGAGGAGAGUGUGAGCAGUGGGAAAGGCCGCUGUCCCUAUGACCCCAACAGUCCCUGCACCUCCACACUGUCCAGGGGAGAGUUGUACAUCGGCCUGUACACAGACUACUGGGAGAACGAUGGAGCCCUGUGCAGACUCAACAACCAGACCUACACCCGCACAGAGAGGGACGACCGGCAGCAGCUCAACGAGCCGAAGUUCGUUGGUUCGGCGGUAAUCCCAGACAAUGAGGACACAGAGGAUGAUAAGGUGUACUUCUUCUUCACUGAGAGAGAGCUGGACCCAGAGGGAGGGCACAGGGCCGUGUACACCCGUGUGGGACGAGUCUGUGCGAAUGACCAGGGGGGACAGAGGAUGCUAGUGAAUCGUUGGAGCUCCUUCCUGAAAACUCGUCUCAUCUGCUCCGUGUCAGGACCAAAUGGCAUCGACACUCACUUUGAUGAACUGGAGGAUGUGUUUGUGCUGAGGAACAAAGAUGAUAAAAACCCAGAAAUCUUCGGCCUGUUCAGCACCACCAGUGCUGUGUUCAAAGGCUAUGCUGUGUGCAUCUACACCAUGGAGGACAUCCGGGCUGCGUUCAAUGGGCCUUUCGCCUACAGGGAGAGACCAGAGCACCACUGGAGCCUGUACGAAGACCGCAUCCCCUACCCCCGACCGGGAUCUUGUGCCAGUAGGAUGACCGGUGGGGCUUUCUCCAGUUCUAAAGAGUUCCCAGACGAGGUGCUGCGUUUCGUGCGCUCUCACCCGGUCAUGUACAGACCAGUCCUGCCCCAACACAAGAGACCUGUGCUACUCCAAACUGAGCCAGGCCACAGGAGACUCACCCAGAUCGCCGUAGACCGGGUGCAGGCUCAAGAUGGGUACUACCAUGUGCUAUACAUCGGGACAGACGACUCAGCGGUUCUCAAGUUUAUCACCAUCUAUAACAAAGACACAGACACCAUGGAGGAGGUGCUGCUGGAGGAGCUGCAGGUCUUCAAGGUGCCUGCUCCGAUUCGAGAGAUCAUCAUUUCCCCCAAAAGACAACAGCUGUACGUGGGCUCGGAGGUGGGUGUGGCUCAGGUCCGUUUGCACCAGUGUGACCUGUAUGGCUCUGAGUGUGCAGACUGCUGCCUGGCCCGGGACCCCUACUGCGCCUGGGACGGACUCACCUGCUCCCGCUACUACCCCAACGGAGUCUACACCAAGAGCCGUCGAUUCAGGCGCCAGGAUGUUCGCCAUGGCAACGCCGUCCAGCUGUGCAACGGGCUGCAAAUUGACGGCGAUCAGUGGCAGCCUGCAGAGGAGAAGCGCAUCUAUGGAGUGGAGAACAACAGCACGUUACUGGAGUGUGUGCCACGCUCUCUACAGGCCAAAGUACUCUGGUUCACUCAGAGGGACGGGGACAAGCAUGAAAUCCGGGGAGAUGAGCGGGUGAUCCUGACCCCCCACGGCCUCCUCUUCCUCAGGCUGAAGAGCUCCGACGCCGGCCUCUACGUGUGCCAAACUGUAGAACAUGGCUACGUCCACACCCUGCUACACGUGACCCUCCAUGUCCUCACCUCCAACAAAGUCGAAUACGCCAACCGCCACCCCCAAACCAACAACCAACGAGACUCCGGCAAAACUUCCGCGCAAUGCCAGUCCUCCUCUUCCUCCCCCCCGGGCCCUAGCGUUAGCCCGAGAUCUCAAGCGCCCUCACCUGGUCACAACUCCAGACUGUGGUACAAAGACUUCCUUCAGCUGAUCGGAUACGGCGACGCGCAAAAAGUGGAGGAGUACUGCGAGAGGGUCUGGUGCUCCGAUAAGAAACGUAAAAAAGCGAAGAGGAGAUAUGUCGCCAUGGAGAGGAGAGGGAAGGGCAGGGGCGAGGAGAGUUCCAAUCGCGCGCCCAGGCACACCACCGAUACCUGAAAUCGCGCGCACCAACAGCAUUUUCCAAAAGGUCACAUCUGCUCGUCGUUUUCAUCUCGUAAUAGCUUUUCUUUCGACAUGGCUUCGGACAAGGACUGCGAUUUUUAACGGGUUUUGAGGUACGUUCAGGAGACGAAGAUGGAAGACUCUAAGAAGAUACUGGAAGAGAUUGAGAGAUGCAUAUCAGCUUUAAGCCCCGUUCGGUGUAUGGACUUGUACAGACUGAGAAAUGUUGCGUAUGCGUAUUGACAUUUUUAACGUCUUUUGGUACUAUAUAAAUUAUUUUCUGUUGGUGUUUAGAUGUUGUAAACUGGAACGCAUAGUUGCCGCUUUGUACAGUGAGAAAUGCAAUGAUAAGCUUUAUAUUCUUGAGCCUUGUUUUCACUGAGAGCCAUAGAGAAAAUGCAGUCUGGUAAUAGACUUGCUAACAUUUAACUGCCCAUUGUGUCCAAAGGAGAGAGUUCCAUGAGUAUGUGACAAGUUUAAAAGGGCACUAUGAAACUUUUCUAGUCAAGGAGUCAGCCACUUGUUUGGAAUGUUCAACAAUAUGGCAUUAAACAUAUCUAUCAUGUAGUCUACUUGUUCAAUUACAUGUGUUUAUCUUACUAAAAAUAUCUUGAUAAACAUGGAUUCUUUCAGUGAACAGGCUUACCUCUCCACAGAUCUGACUUGUAACUUGGCCUGGUGACGUCGUCUGCUUUUCUCUGUGGAGGUUGAAACGAUUAAUGCCAUACAGUGGAACACUACGCAAAGCAAAAGCAUGUGGGAGACCCUUAUCCAGAAAAGUUACACCGUACAGCUUUAAUGUGUGUAAUCACUGAAAUCAGAGGUGUAUUGUCAAAAGUUGUAAAUAUGACUAACUAACUAACUACAUUUUACUAACAAAAGAGAAGUUAAAUAAUUUUAAAGAGGGGAUCUUAUGUGAAAUGUACUUUUCUGAGCUAUCUACCAUGUUAUAACAUUGUUCCCUCAUCAAAAACAUGCCUGUAGAGAUUUUACAUUUCAUCCAUGCAUGUUUAAAGGUUGUAUAGAUAAUUUUCCAAGGAACGAGAAAUCCAGCGACUGUUUGUCCUUUUUCAAAUGUUGCACAUGUGUGAAACCACCCCCCCUCCCCUACAGCUCCCUACGUAGAAACACCUCCUCCCGCCUCCUCCUUACGCCAGAAAGUACUCAUCGUACAACAUGACUUGUAAACAACUAACUGCAGUGUUGGUUAAGCAAGACGGAGAAGUGAGGAGCAGGGGGAGGGGGUGCGCGGAGAUUUCAUGCGUGGAAAAGAAGUGAGGAGCAGGGAGAAGAACGGAACGGGGAGAAAGGAGCAGGAAGGGGUGCAGAGAGGGGUGCACGGAGAUUCAGUGCGAAUGAAGCUACUACUACAACACGCAGCAGCAAGCGGGCUCUUUCUUUGCAUUGAAAAUUACGUUUUCAGACAUAGGAUAUCGCAUUCGUGUCCUGAAAAAUGUUUGUCUGGCUCUUGGAAAUAAAAAAAAAGUACGUUUUCAUAAUAAGCAGAAGUGACCUGUCCAGGAGUAAUUUGGCGACCAGUGCGUCAGUCUUUAGACCCUGCGUCUGCUUCAGUCGCGCCAUCGCUGGAAUGAAUCUCCAAGAAUCACCUUAGUUUGGCUUCGCUGCUUUUCCCCUUGUCUUCUUCUUUCAGCGACCUCAAAAACGGACUUUCUUUUGCGGCUAACUGCUCCUGGAUUCUUGUCUGCCAUUGCAACAAACUUUGUACUAACUGCGAGGAAGAUAUAGGUCAAAAAAGCCGCUAAGAACCAUUGCGUUGGUGGAGUAAACAGCGUCUGUGCGUCUUGCGUCUGUGGACUGUGUGACAGUCGUACAUAAACCACGUACCGGCGGCGCGCAGGCAAGUCAGUUACGCUAGAAACGUAGGGAGAUUGAUUGACAGCCUGUCAGCUAACAGAUAACAAGGCAGUCUCGUUAUCUAUUGGCAAAUGUUUAGCCCCACCACGUCCAGAGUUGAUGAAUUUUUAUUCUCUUUUUUUUGGUCAUCAUAAUUACAAGGCUACUGCACCUCUAUAAUGCUAUCAUUGACAUUUUGAAACAAAAAAAAAUCCUCCAUACAACCUUUAAGUAAUCAAAUCUCUCUCAGGCACUAUUCAAACCCUCUUUACAAUUAGCAUUACAAAGCUCAGCCCACAAGCCUAUGUUACCCAUGCUAUACAAUGUGCAUUAGUUUCAUAAGUGGAAUGCAUGAUUGUGAUGAUAGCGCUCUGACAGGGGGAGUGACUUAGCGUGGGGAGCAAGGGGAGGGGGUUGUCUCAGUGUCAAUAACAAAUAUAGCAUUAGCAACCUACAGAAGUGUAAUACCCCCUCUUUAAAUAAAAAAAAAAUAAAUCAAAGAUCAGGUUCUCAUAAUUACUGAGUGGGUGACAAUUGUGUAAGUAAGUAAGUAACCACUCUUACUGAAUAGCAGGCAAAAACUAGCAAUGUAACAGGGCAAGACCUGCUUUUUGGAACACACCGUACUCCUUUAGACAAUAUUGCAACCUCCUGUGCUGUGAAAACAAGGCUUAACCUGACUUCUCUCAAAACGCAUUCUAUUUAAGCAACUGUAAAAGCUUUUAAUGUAGUUACGUGUUCUCAAAAGUGCUAGUUAUUGUGUUUGUGGGUCAUGUAUUGUAUUAUGUAUUUGUCUGUAUUCAGGGUGGCCUCAAAAGUCAACCGCGAUGCCUGCUCCCCUCCCUUUCAGUUUGGUCUAUUGCAGUUUGAAUUAUGGACUGUUAUAAUAAGCUGCAAUGAAAGAUAGCACGCGCGCACCCAUAUGGACAGACGAAUGGUUGGCGGUGCCGUUAGCGAACAUGCUAAUGAGCUAUUUUGUUUAAUGCGGAGAUGACGCUAACAUUAAACACUGAUG